AUGUUACCUACAGAAGAUGUCGGAGGCAAAGGCAGCACGAGCGAAGCAGCGGAUGAUGGUGGCGAAGCAGCGGAAGACGGAGGCGAAGUAGCCGAAGACGGAGGCGAAGAUGACGACGACGACAACAUUGCAGACAUGAUCGGAGCUGGAGGAGAAAGGGGCAGAAGAGAACCAGCGUCGAUGAGAAAGCUAGAGGGCUUUGUUGCUGGUGGCGAUGAUGGAGGCGAUGUCUCUGGCGGAGGCGGUGUCCGAAGGGGAUGGGGAAGGGUUGCAAUCGGAGUGUCAGUGGGAAGGAGCAAGAAGAGCGAAAUUUAUGAAGAAGAGAGGGCGGAGAAAAGCGAAUAG